AUGGUUGCUGCCACAGCUGUGCCAUUGGCCCUAAACUGGACAGACGUCAUCAAGACCCGCAUGCAAGGUGCCCCUUCUGCAGGAUGCACAGCUCCGGCCUACACUGGCGGCUUUCUGAGCGUUGCGAACCGUAUUGUUGCCGAAGAAGGACUCCUGGCAUUGUGGUCUACAGGCAUGCUUGCAUCCUUGGGACGUGAGUGCACCGUGGUUGGGACGCGAAUUGGAGCAUAUCCAGCAGUUCGAGACGGCCUCUCCAUGGUGGCCAAGGGGAAAAGCGGCGGUGAGGCAGGCCUGGGCAGCAAGUUUAGUGCCGGUGUGGUUCUGGGGGCGUUGUCGGGCCUGCUUGCAAGCCCUUUCGACUUGGUGCGGAUCAGGGUCCAAGCCGAAGCUGGGAGAUGCGACAAUGGCAUUCUUACAACCGGACUGCGUGCCGGACAUCCUCAACGAAUCCAUGGCACGGUGUCUGGCUUCAAAGCUGUGUUGAACAACGGUCUUCUCAGCAUCUUCAGAGGAUCGGCCAUCAACGUCGUUCGCAGCGUGUGCAUGACUGUUGGGACAGUGCCGGUCUACGAGCACACCAAGCAUUUGGCCAAGUCUCGACUGGAUGUGGCGGAUUCUCCAGCUCUUCACCUGGGCGCAGGUGUCGUCGCAGGACUUGCGGGAACAACUGUUACAGCUCCGGCAGAUGUGGUGCGCACGCGGAUAAUGCAAGAAGGUGGUACAUCGCCAACCAGAAUGGUUUCGGCAAUUGGCGCCAUUGCACGUGAUCGCGGCCUUGCUGGUUUUUUCCGUGGAUGGCUCCCCGCCUAUAUGAGGGUGGGACCUCUAUUCCUCCUGAUGCCUGCACUGGUGGAGCAAGUGCGCAAACUCUUUGGCCUGGAUUUCAUCGUGUGA